CACCUCGAUCAUCCAGCCAACAUUUUUAAAGGAUGACCUAAUUUAUGAAUCCACACAGGUAGAAAUAUUUUAGAAAGAAAAAUGGGUGAAAAACCGGACAAAAAGGUGGUUAUUGGACUUUUAGUACUAUGUGUGGCAUUUGGAUGUUUAUUGAUUGCAUUUGCAAGUCCCUAUUGGGUAGAAUCGUUUGAAAAGUUCCAGGGAAGAUUCACAAAAAUCGGACUUUGGGAAGUGUGUUUCAACGAUUAUACGUUUUACAAAGAUUAUAACGGCAAGCGUUUCCUUGGAUGUUGGUAUAUUUUUUCACCUCAAAUCCGACCAAUUUGGGAAUGGGUUUCGCCACCCUGGUUUAUUGUAUGUCAAGUAGCAGUGAGUUUUUCGUUGUUAGUACAAGGUCUAAUAGCCCUCAUGCUGAUACUGUUCUUAGUUCAUCUUUUCCCUGAGCAUCUACAUAGAUUAAUUGUACAAUGUUCAGCUCUGGGUUCAUUUAUAUCAGGAUCAGUAUUGUUCAUUGAGCUCUGUUUAUUUGGUGCGAAGAAGGAGGAUCGAGACUGGGUCCCCAGACCAGACAUGAACUAUCUCUCUUGGUCGUAUGGGUUUGCCUGCAUGUCAUUCAUAUUUAGUAUGCUAGCUGCAUUGGUGUUAUAUCUUGGCAGUAAAAAUUUUCUGGUUAAAAACCAAGCCUAUAAUCAACCUGGUUCAAGAGGAACACAUUAUUAAGUAUUUUUAUAAAAAGAAUUAAUGACUAAUGUACUGUAUAUGACUGAAAAGCACCCAGGAACAUCAAAAUCAUCAUUCUUGUAAGUGGAGAAUCAUUCAAUAAAUUGGGAUGCUUCAGGUUUUGUUACUUCUUCUAUUAGUAAUGUCAGGAUGUAGCAUGUGGUAAAAUAUUUUGAAGUUGUUUUAAAAUUAGAACAAUUGCCGUGUGCAUUCAUUACAAUAUGUCCAAUUCAUUAAGUCAAAUACAGUAUUGGUCAUACAUGUAGUUUAUCCUUAAUUAUAACAGUCAAUCAUGGAAGAAAUUAAAUUCAGUUUUUACCUAAAAGAACCUUGAUAUUAGCUGAAAAUCUUUUGUUUUUUGCUAUAACUAUGCUUCAACAUGGUAAAUAAUAGAUAAUUAUUGUAUUACAAGUAAUGUUGAGAAUAAAUAAAUGUUACGCUACAAUAAUUAUUUAUUAUUUUGAAUGUUAUCGUAAUAUCUAUAUUAGUUCAAUAGUUGUUGCAAAAUUAACAAAGCAGCAAGAAAUUUUUGGGCUAUUUGUCUAUUUAUAUUAUAUGCCCACAUUUAAUGUGUACGCAUAUUGUUGCCACUUAAGUGUCUGUCAAUGUGUCCAUACACUCUACACACUACAGUUCUUUUCAAAUUCAAAGACAUUGUUCAAAAUAUUUUGAUUGCAAAAUUCUAUGCAAAUUGUAUGGUCAUUUAUUUCCAUCAAAUUUGCUCUGGUAAAAGUUAUGAAAAAUGGAGAUAAUCAACUUAAUUGUGGCAAAAUUCACUAUGUUAAAGAUGCAUUAUCUAAGAGCUAAAUUGCUGGUCUUUAUUUUAACUUCAAAUGUUAGAUAAAUUAUUAUUUAGAUUUUAUUCACAUGACAAGCCUGCAGAAAUCUCUACAUCAUCGGAUGGUGGAGAUUUAAACAUAUUGACAGAUGAUUGCCAUUUACUGAUUUAAUUCAAAAAUGGUGAAUCAAGGCAAUUAAAAUCUUGAUUAACAAGUACGUUGCUACCAUAAUAAACAAACUAUGCCACAACUUGUCAAACGUCAAACAGUGAUAACUUCACUCAGAAUAAAGUAAUAUGAUUGAAAUUUUCAUUAUAUUCAUUUUGCAUUAUCUAUCUUUGGACUAUUAUCGAAAAAAAAACAUCCAACACUUUACAUGUAUUUAAAUCUUACAUAAAGCAUCUUUAAAUAGAAUAGUCCAAAUAUUUUGUAAAUAUGAUUUAAUUGUACAAAAAUUAAAAUUUCAUUUUUUUUUUUUAUAUUUGUAUAUUGUUUAUGUGUAACUUCAACCCUUUUUUUAGAUAGAAUACAUGGGUGUUAAAUAAACCCUUCAAAGUCAUUUAUUCGAUUUCUUAUUGACCUUACAAUUCAAACUUAGACAUCAGCACUCAUACAUGCAAUCUGAUGUAUUAACAACUGGUUAAAAUUGUCAUCUCAGAAGUUUAAUAUGGUCGGCAACUUGUUUUGCUUUUUAACUAACCCUACUAAAGAUUUACAAGGCCAAAAGCAGAUGUUAGUUGUUUUGAUCAGCACUAGUUUUAACAGAUUGCAUCGAGUUGUCACAGAACAGUUUUUAUAGUGCUAAUAAGGUUUUUAAUUUUUAUGGAUAACUUGCUAGUUUUGAUUUCAGAUUUAACAAGAUCAAAUCAUGAUUAUUUAGUUUAGUCAUUAGCAUAUUAUAUAAGAGUAGGUAAAAGUACAAUUUUAUAAUUAUCAUCAUACAAUACAUUCCAAACUUGUAUAUAGAUUAAGAUAUUAUAUUUAAAUUAUCUUUCUAUUCUUUUUAAGUAGUUCUAUCUCAGUUUUGCCAGGGAAAUCAAAAUUAAAAUAUUAAACCCUAUAUAAAUAUACUGAGUGCUGAAUAAUACUUGCUUUUUUAUGGCAAUUUCAUUAGCUAUUGGCCAGAUGUAAGUUGUCUUGUGUAUGACAAACAUCAUAAUCCACUUCGCAAAUAACAUAAAAUUCACAUUUAGGUUGAUUAGUAAUAUUAAAAUCAUUCCUCCAUUAUUUUUUUAUGCUAGGUUGUAUAAUGUAUAUAUAAAUAACUUUUUUUUAUUCAUUAUCAUUCUUAAAUCAUAAUUUUAUAUUAUAGCAUAUAUUUUAAUAAAAAAUAUUACUUUCUCAAA